UCCCCCAGCAAAGCGAAAGAAGCAAAAUACCCGUAUGGUGAUCGCUGGCCAUUUCGCGCCAAUACUGAAAAAGGCAGAACAUUCCUCCACUUGUGCCAGCCAAUCAGCAGGACUCCUGCCUUGCUCCGGCCUGCCACUGCCACUGCGAGGCAAGGUCUCAGCAUCUGCAUCGGAAAUCACAGGGACUUCUUCCUGCAGGCUCAGCUGGGAGGCCAAGGAGUGUUUUGCAAAAGCUGUUUAGCUGAAGUCUGAAAUAACAGUGGAGACAGCGUUCUUUUAAGCUCUCUGCCCCGGGUGGCACUGAAGGUUCCAAAUGCAACCAGAGUCCGGGCAGGCCCUCUUGCACGUGGCAGUGGCCAGCUGCCUCUGCGCUGCCGCCGUCUCCGUGGGCGUUUUCGACGGCGUCACGGUCCAAGUGGGCUACGAGCACUAUGCCGAGGCGUGCAUAGCCGGCCUUCCCUCCUUCCUGGCCAUGCCCUUCAACUCGCUCGUGAACCUGGCCUAUGUGCUCCUGGGAGUGCACUGGCUACGGAGAGAGGCCCGCACCCCGGGGCACGGGGCCGGCUACCUGAAGGCGGCCUUUGCCGGCAUGGCCCUGGUCUACGGCCCCGUUCAGUGGCUGCGGAUCGGGACGCAGGCGCGGCCUGCCGCGGUGCUCGACCAGUGGCUCACCCUGCCCAUCUUCGCGUGGCCGGUGGCCUGGUGCCUCUACCUGGACAGGGGCUGGGAGCCCUGGUUGCUCCUCUCGGUCGAGGGCCUCUCCCUGUGCAGUUACAGCCUCGCCCUGCUGCACCCCCACGGCUUCGAGGUGGCGCUGGGGGCUCACGUGGCGGCCGCUGUGGGCCAGGCCCUGCGCGCCCAAGGGCGGUAUGGCAGCGCCGCCUCGGCCGCCUACCUAGCUCUGGGCGUGCUCUCCUGCCUGGGCUUUGUUGUCCUCAAGCUGUGUGACCAUCAGCUCGCACAAUGGCAUCUCUUCCAGCGCCUCACUGGCCACUUCUGGUCCAAGGUCUGUGACGUGCUCCAGUUCCACUUUGCGUUUUUGUUUCUGACAACUUUAAACACUUGCCAAAGACCCUGCCCUGAGGGGAAGAUGCAUUAACGUGUGGAAAGAAGCUGCUGAAGACUGAUGACCCGCACUGUUGGAGUGGACUAUCAGAUGACAUUCUCUUAUCAGUGUUACAUGUCCUGGGUGUGAUAAUAUAUGAGGAUUACACAGAAGACUGUCCUUCUCUGAGAAGGUGCAAGCUUCAGUAUUUGGGGGUGAAAUGUUAUGAUCUCUGCCGCUUACUUCCAAAGACACAAAGCAGAGAUCCAGUGCAGGGGAUGUGGGUUUUCAUCAUAGUAUUCUUGUAACUUUCCUGUAGUUUGAAAUGUUUCAAAAUAGAGCGUCGGGUAGGUGGGGGAAUGACCCCAAGAACGCCCUCACAUGAUUGGAGAGAGAACAGUUGUCUGCAAUAUCUUCAGGGUGUCAGUGACAGGUGUGGGCUGGCGACAGCUGGGUGGGCCAGUCAGUGGGGCUACUGAGUAUCCCAAGAAGUGACUGGGUUCAGUGUCCGGGGCCAAAGAGCCUGGUCAUAGCCUGCCCAGGGUCAUGAAGCCCUGCCAAUAGCCCUCUGACACUAAAGAUACACAUGCUGUGACCUUUCCGCCCUUUUCUCCUUACUGCUUGCACAGCCCUAGGCGUAGAUCACCGCUGCUUUGCUUUAGAUAGCUGAGAAACGUUCCAUUUCCUGGAAUGAUUUGCCCUGUGAUUUUUCCCCAGAAAACAUCUGCAUACUUCCUUAUCUGCUGAUUCCCUCCUGCUGUCUAUAUAA